UCUCCAUCGGGAGGUUUUAAAAAGAGGUUCUAAAAAAAGACAAAAAAAAAUAAAUCAAAAUAGGCUAAAUGCACAGAACCGAUCCUUAAUAUGGUGUUUUUAGAAUCGGUUAAAACCCCUGCGUGUCCCUUUGCCAUUGGGUAUUUAAUUUUCCAUGUCUUUCUUCAUCGCUCUUCCUAGAUGUUUCAAGGAAUCAAUCCCUCUUCCUCCUCCAAUCCCAAUCACUCCAUCUUCUCUCUAGCUUAUGAUCUCCAUCUCCUUCUCUUUCAGAGAGGUUGAUGUCUGGCGUUGGAGUAAUCGUUUCGGAUCCAUGACUACAAAGCCAGUUCCCGCAAGUCGAGCUUCGUUCUCUCAAGUUUGCGGCGUUUACGUUAGAGGAUCUUCCACUUGUGUUGGUGAAGUCACUCACCUCUGCGUUCAAGGAGAAAGAAAUCAGAGAGAUCUUACCAUAUUUGGCUUCUGAUUACGCAGCCUACGAUGAUCUCGAUUUCGAAUCGUUUCUCACGCUAAUCUAGCAAGAGCUUCACUGGAUUCUGGAACACAGCAACAAGAUCCUAGCAAGCAAACUCAAUGUUUCACAUACCGAGAACUCGCCACCGCAACUAACAAUUUCAGGCUCGAAUCUAUGAUCGGACAUGGUGGUUUCGGUUCUGUUUUCAAAGGAAAGUUAGUGUUUCCUCCUGGACAGGUAACUCUCAACAUAUAUCAUCUAGAGUUGUGAUUUAACUGUGCUCCUCUUCUUUUACUCUGUUACUGUGCUCACUCACUCACUCUGUUUAUGUUCACUCACUCACUCUUAGUUAUCACUUGUGUAUCACCAUAACACACAAGUACACACUCAUAGUCUCUUGACUCUCACGUUUGUUUUCUUAUUGUAGAGAGAAGAGAGAACACACGGAUGUCUACAUUGUUAACUCUUUUCUUAUUGAAUUUGAUGCACAUAUUUGUAGUAGUUUUAUCUAACUACUACACACAUAUUUAGACAUUUAACAUGACCACUGAAAUCCAAUAAUUAACUUAAAAAAAAAAAAAAAAUUAGGAACCUCAAUGAAAUUCUCCCAUUGGACGAUAAAAAAAUUAAUUAGACUAUCAGAGAUUCUAAACUUUUCAAAUCACAAAAUUAACUACUAAUUUAUUCAUUAGAAUCCAUAAGGGUUUCUAACCAAUGGACUUGCUCUUAUAAGUUUCGUCGCAUAUUUGGUCAGUGAUUAGUGUCCGACAUGUUUUUUUUUUUCAUCGCAUAAUAUUCCGACACGGGCGACACAGUGUCCUUUUUUUGGGUUUUCCCUCGGAAUUUGAUUCGUCGGAAAAUCAUGGAGAAGAAAAAAAGAGUAUAUUUUUAAUCUAGCCGAUUAGAGAUGCUCUCGUCAUCUCAACCUCCGUGAAAAAUGAUUCGCGGCGGAAGAAACUGCAUCACUUCCUCCCCUGCCUUCUCAAACGACGCAAAGAAGCUUCUUUUAUGCACUGCCAACUCCGUCUCCAUCUUCUCCGUCGCCACUGGCUUAAAGGUUGCUUCCCUGGAGGGUCACACAGCACCAGUGACGACUGUGAUUGUUGACCCCAUCCUCCCCGAAGACUGCUGGACGGCGUCGCUCGAUGGAAAGAUUCGUUUUUGGGACUUCUCCGUGCCGAGUCUUACGCUAGCAUUUGAUAUCCACCUUCCCAUUUACUCUAUGGUGAUGUUUACAUGUCGACCGUCACGUAGCCUGAUUGCUUAUGUUUCGGUUGAGGAGUACUCAAGUGUCUCCAAAGAUUUGUUUGGACAAAUCAGGAGAGUUAGUCUCUUGGAUGAGCCUCUUCUUAGUGGUGGUGACACUUUAAAAGAGAUGGAAGAACCAAAAAGUAUUGUUAUGAGUCCAUCUGGAGAGUUUUUCGGCGUCUGUCAAGGCUGCAAAAUACAUAUAUGGAGUACUUCUGUUGGGAAGAUGGCUAAGGAGACUACAUUACAUCACACACAGUUGAUUACCGUUUUUGCCUUUCAUCCCACUAAGAGAAUGUUAGCAGUGGGAGAUGCAACAGGAAGAGUGUUGAUUUGGAAGGAUAUUGGUGAUGUAAAACUUACUUCAGUGACAAGUGAAGAUGCUGCUGAGUCUUCUUGCACUGCUUUUAACUGGCAUUCCGAUGAAGUGACCGUCCUUAACUUCUCUUCGGAUGGAGCAUCUUUGUAUUCUGGGAGUAAAGAAGGGGCUCUUGUUGUUUGGGAGCUAGAUACAGAGAAGAAGCAAGUUUUGCCAAUGAUGGAGUCUCCCUUGCUGUAUUUCAUCUUCUCUUCAGAUCCAACUCUUUCCUCUGCGAUUUGUGCAGAUAAUCAGGUUCAUAUUCUCAAAAUGCCUUCCAUGGAGAUAUUGAGAACGAUUCCUGGAAUCAAGCCUCGGAUAUUAGAUCGCUUUGGAUUUUUAAGCUACGUCAAGACGAUGCUUAUCUCCCUCACCAGAACUGUGUCCAUUGAUCCCUCUUCCGGUAUAGCUGCUUUCUCCACAGCGAAUCACUGUGUUCAACUCUACAACCUCUUAAGUGACACUGAGGUUACAGAGAUUCAAGUUUGCGAGAGAGAUCAUCAACCAGAGGAUGAUGGAGUCCGGGUUGCAGUGACAGCAAUUGCUCUCUCCCGGAAUGGCUCACUGAUGACUACAGCUGAGACCAGUUUUGCUGAAGGAAACCUCAGCGGAGGCUUAGUUUCUCUCAAGUUUUGGGUGUUUGUACCAGACAAGAAAACAUUCAGCAUAUCCACAGUCAUAAACCAACCUCACAGUGAAGCUGCUAUCACAGCUAUUGACCUUAACUCGCGCCGUUCCAUGGCUGUUAGUAUAUCUUCUGCUGGGGACUUCAAGACUUGGGUUUGCAAUAGUGACAAGAAUCUGACAGCAGAGGAUUCAAACUGGAUAUGUCAUGGAGUUGGCUCUUAUAAGAGAAAGCAAAUAACAGCUGCCACUUUUUGUCCUGAUGGUUCUCUUCUGGCUCUUGCGGCUACAACAGUUAUUACCAUCUGGAACCCGUUAACGACUGAACUCUUGUUUGUAUUUGGAAAGCUUCAUACGCCAGUUUUGCAACUCUCAUUCGCUGGAAUAGGCUUCCUUGUUGCUGCAUCCUGUUGUCCUCAUGCCCCGCCGCACUUAUCUGUCUAUGAUUUGAUGACGUUGGAUUUAUCAUGGUCAUAUAGAUUAUCCAUAGAAGCAAUUGCCACCAAAGAGAGGUCAUCAUACUUUGCAGUUUUAGCAUGGCUUCCGGAUUUGUCUGUAAAAGCUAAUGAAGAGAUCUUUCGUGGGAAAGAUGGAGCUAUCCUUUUGUUUGAUACGUCAUGCCCUAAACCGGUAGCUAUUUGGACUGUAAUGGAGGCCAGUGGAGGAUCGCUUUCAUUUGUGGAAGACAGUGAAAAGUCUCAGACGCUUCUUGCGUAUGUAAACAGGAGCAAUGAAUAUGUUCUUUUCGAUCCUUAUAGCGAUGAAACUCUUAAGACUAGCGCCAAGGAUUAUGAGGUUCUUCUUGAAGCAAUUAGCAAGAAGAGGAAGAGAUCAAGAAAGAAAACAUUGCUGGCGGAGAGACCUUGGGAGACCAAGUUUUGCGGUUCAACGCUCAGUAUCCCGCCUUUCAGGGACGCUUGCUCUGCCUUCUUUGCUUCCAAGAUGGGGAAAAAGAUUUGUGAGAGAGUAGAGAUGCAUCCUGAUAGCCAUAGCCUCUGAGAGUUCUCUACAUAUUUUGGAACAUUGACUAUAUUUUUUUGUAAGCUAUCUGGUUCGGUUCCUUGUGGUAGUUUUGGUCUGUAGAAACUAGAAGGGCUAAUAGGGUUGGUUUAGGAGAGGUUCACUCAUGUGGAACAAGUUGUUUUGAGACAGUUUAGAUUAUAUUUAUUUUCCUGCCAAGUCA